GAUCAUAUUUGUUAGUUAAGAAAUAACAGAGUCAUUCUUUUAAUUUGCUAGAUUAAUUUUUUACACUAUCUGCUCUCUAGGAUGUUUAGUUUGGUGACACUUUGCAUCUUGUUCAGUACAGUAACCCUAGGAACACUGAGUUUAUUAAGAUUUUACAUCUAAGAGACAACAUCAUCUGCCUAUCAUUAAUGAAUCCUGAAGUUUGAGGAUUUUUCUUCCCCAGUCAUACUAGUUCUCAAAGGAAACUUCCCCAGUAUUUCAAGCAGAACGCUUUAUAACCAAAAACACAUGCAAAUCAGAAGAGUACUUGGGAUUGAGAAAAGUUUGCAGCUCUGUUCUCUAGCCUGUGAGAAGUCUUGGAUGGAAUGCUCAUUAGUGUGUCUUGUUCCACUGAAUUAAGUGGUAGAGACUAAAGAAGGUAGUGAAGCAAGAAAGCUCGGGGAAUCCAUACCAUGUAAUGAAGUAAUAAACCUGAAAACACUUUAAUUUUAUCUCGUAUGUCUAUUAAUGAAGAAGUUCAAAGAACUUUAUGAAAAAAUACUUAAAACACCUUAUUGUAUCUCUACGAGUUGACAUGAAUUAGCAGAGGUAAAGAGCAAGCAAUCCUCCAUUUACAUUUCUAGUAGAAAAAUGAGAUAUGGAGUGGAGACAACUAAUUGUUGUUUGUGGUGAGAACAGAACUUUUCCAUAAUAAUCCAGAAAUUUAUUUCAAUUAAUGAAAUACUCUAUGCAAAUGUAUAACUAUAUACACAUAAUCCCCUUCCAAAUAACUACUCUAUCAUUGUUUCCUAAACUUCAUUAUGGUCUGAAAUACUAUAUUUAAUUUCAGGAGUAUAUAGCUCACUAAUAUUGCUCCAAGUUUCUUAUUGCUGAUUGUUGGCUUUUGUUGAGUUCUUAAUUCAUGUGUUUGACUAGCACGCGUUCUCAGCCGAAAAACCUGUUUUUAACUUUUCUUUGUUUAUCCAAUAGAAUCUUUUGAUAUAAUGUCAUAGCAUCAAAGUGGAAUUUUACUCUAGAAUUUCGCAAGAAAUAGCCCAACUGUACAAUGAAAGAUUAUGCAAAUCCUCAAGGAACAUCUAAUCAAUCACCCUGGUGUGAGAGGAAUGCAGCUGAUCGCUGAAUUAGCUUCUAUUGAAAUGUAUUCAUGUGUAACAUCCCAGAGUCUGGAUGACAUCACAACGGCUCCUGGUCCUUGAAAGUGUUGAGGAUGAUUAGCUGAAGGAAUUGGCUGUUUCUGCCAAUCAUAAUCCUGCAAAGCUGCCUUUAGAGUUCUGGAGAUAUGAGAGAAAGAGAGAGGGAGGGAAAAACUGACUACAGCUAAACAAGCGGCACAGCAGCAGUAGCAACAGCAGAGCAGGAGCAGCUGGUAUUCCGGUGAUUAAAUAGUUCUCAUAGCCUUUUUGCUGUACUGGGUCUGCUCCCUGGUGUAAUUCUCGUGUCCAAGAAGGAAGCUGCAUUUUAACGGUGUGCUGAACAGAGGUUUGAAUCAUUCCAGCUGGCUGCUUGUUUUGAAAAGGACAGUGUGUAUAUAAAUAAAAGAGACUCUGCUGGAAGAGUUCAGAUACUAGGACUGGAGCUGAAGAGUGCUCUCGGAAUAUUGUUGAGACAGAUUGUAUGAACUGAAAGCUCCUUCUAAUUAACCUGGAGCCAAGUGAAUCUGAAUACUGGAUAUCUCGUUUUCUAACUCGGGAUAAAUUCAAGUUAGGAAAAGGAAAAAAAAAUUGAAAUGCUUCUCUAGAUAAUGUUUAGAGGAUUCUAUAAGCGAUCUUUGGUAUUGGACAUAUUUAAAAUCUCUUCAACUUUUGCCCUCCGGGUCCAUCGCCUUCCAGCUUUAACUUGUUUGUGAUUCCUUCAAACAUUUUAUAUGAUUUGCAAUGGUUACAUGAACUUUUGAGGAGUGGUAUUUACACCAUCUCAUACUUUAUUCAAUAUGGCACUUUAGGAAAAGAAAUUGGAAAACGCUUCAAAAGCGCUGUUUUAGAAAAUGAAUCUUCUUGUGAAGCUUCGGAGAAGUUUUCGAACACUGAUUGUUCUCUUAGCUACCUUUUGCUUGGUGAGCAUUGUCAUUUCUGCCUACUUCCUCUACUCUGGCUAUAAACAGGAAAUGACACUUAUUGAAACCACUGCGGAAGCAGAAUGUACUGACAUCAAAAUUCUACCGUAUCGGUCAAUAGAGCUGAAAACAGUUAAACCUAUUGAUACAUCCAAAACCAACCCUACUGUCCUCCUCUUUGUGGAGAGCCAAUACUCUCAACUAGGUCAAGACAUCAUAGCUAUUUUGGAGUCCAGCCGAUUUCAGUACCACAUGGUCAUUGCUCCUGGCAAGGGAGAUAUACCUCCUCUUACAGAUAACGGCAAAGGGAAAUACAGUUUAGUUAUUUAUGAAAACAUUCUGAAGUACGUCAGCAUGGACUCAUGGAAUCGAGAACUUUUGGAAAAAUACUGUGUGGAAUACAGUGUUAGUAUAAUUGGUUUUCAUAAAGCCAAUGAGAACUGCUUACCCAAUACACAAUUAAAAGGUUUUCCAUUAAACCUUUUCAAUAAUCUAGCUCUAAAAGAUUGUUUUGUCAACCCUCAGUCUCCUUUGCUGCAUAUUACCAAAGCCCCCAAGGUUGAGAAAGGCCCCCUUCCUGGAGAAGACUGGACUAUUUUCCAGUAUAAUCAUUCAACCUACCAACCUGUGCUUCUAACUGAAUUACAGACAGAAAAAUCACUUUCAUCCUUGUCCAGCAAAACUCUCUAUGCGACAGUGAUUCAAGAUCUGGGGCUUCAUGAUGGAAUUCAGCGAGUUCUUUUUGGCAACAACUUAAACUUCUGGCUGCACAAGCUCAUCUUCAUAGAUGCCAUCUCCUUCUUGUCAGGGAAGAGGCUGACACUGUCUUUGGACAGAUACAUCCUUGUGGACAUUGAUGAUAUCUUUGUUGGGAAGGAGGGAACAAGGAUGAAUGUCAAAGAUGUGAAGGCAUUACUAGAGACUCAAAAUUUACUGCGCACUCAGGUUGCAAAUUUUACCUUCAACCUUGGAUUUUCAGGGAAGUUUUACCACACAGGGACUGAAGAGGAAGAUGAAGGAGAUGACCUUUUGCUUCGGUCUGUGGAUGAGUUCUGGUGGUUUCCUCACAUGUGGAGCCACAUGCAGCCUCACCUCUUCCAGAACGAGUCCUCUUUGGUGGAGCAGAUGAUUCUCAACAAGGAAUUUGCCCUGGAGCAUGGAAUUCCGAUCAGCAUGGGCUAUGCAGUGGCACCACAUCACUCAGGGGUCUACCCGGUUCAUAUUCAGCUUUAUGCAGCUUGGAAGAAGGUCUGGGGUAUUCAGGUCACCAGCACUGAGGAAUAUCCACACUUGAAACCUGCACGGUAUAGAAAGGGCUUCAUUCACAAUAGCAUCAUGGUUCUCCCUCGACAGACCUGUGGGUUGUUCACCCACACUAUUUUCUACAACGAGUAUCCAGGAGGACCCCAAGAACUGGACAGAAGUAUCAGAGGAGGUGAACUUUUCUUCACAAUCCUUCUAAACCCGAUCAGCAUUUUCAUGACCCAUUUGUCAAACUAUGGGAAUGACCGCCUAGGGUUGUACACCUUUGUGAACCUAGCCAGCUUCGUGCAGAGCUGGACCAACCUGCGAUUGCAAACUCUGCCUCCAGUCCAGCUGGCUCACAAGUACUUUGAGCUCUUUCCUGAGCAGAAAGAUCCUCUAUGGCAGAAUCCAUGUGAUGAUAAACGACACAAAGAUAUCUGGUCCAGAGAGAAAACUUGUGACCACUUACCAAAAUUCCUUGUGAUUGGGCCACAAAAAACAGGAACAACUGCACUUUAUUUAUUUCUUCUUAUGCACCCCUCCAUCAUCAGCAAUCUCCCCAGUCCAAAAACAUUUGAAGAAGUUCAAUUCUUUAAUGGGAACAACUAUCACAAGGGAAUUGACUGGUAUAUGGACUUUUUUCCUACUCCAUCCAACCUUACAAGUGACUUUCUGUUUGAGAAGAGUGCUAAUUAUUUCCACUCAGAAGAAGCUCCUAAGAGAGCUGCUUCUCUGGUCCCCAAGGCCAAGAUCAUCACCAUCCUCAUUGACCCUUCAGAUCGGGCUUACUCCUGGUACCAGCAUCAACGAUCACAUGAAGAUCCAGCUGCUCUGAGAUUUAAUUUCUAUGAAGUUAUUACAACAGGCCAUUGGGCCCCAUCUGACUUAAAAACUUUGCAGAGGAGAUGCCUGGUACCUGGAUGGUACGCAGUUCACAUAGAAAGAUGGCUAACUUACUUUGCUACUUCUCAGUUGCUAAUUAUUGAUGGACAGCAGCUGAGAUCUGACCCAGCAACUGUAAUGGAUGAAGUCCAGAAGUUUCUGGGAGUGACACCUCAUUAUAAUUACUCUGAAGCUCUAACGUUUGAUCCCCAAAAGGGCUUUUGGUGUCAACUACUAGAAGGAGGAAAAACCAAAUGCCUUGGAAAAAGCAAAGGCCGAAAAUAUCCACCCAUGGAUCCAGAGUCCAGAGUGUUCCUCUCCAAUUACUACCGAGAUCACAAUGUCGAACUGUCCAAACUGCUACACAGACUGGGGCAGCCUCUGCCAUCAUGGCUGAGACAGGAGCUGCAGAAAGUGAGAUAGCACUGGAGACCUGAACCAAGGCCCUCAAGACACUUUUCCUAUUAAAUAGAAAAACAAACCCCACAACUUUUAACCCCUUAUCGCACUUGUGAUUGUGAGCAGAAGACUGUGUGAAUAAAUUUCCCUCUGUCUUUUUCAUAAAAUGAAAACUGUUAUAUAUGCACGCAUUGGCAAUGUCUAGCACCAAUCCCCACGUGAGCUUUUGGGAAACAGUGUGGGGUUUUGUGCCAUUAGCCACUUUCCAGUGUGGGAAUCAUAACACAGCUCAGUUUCUCUGUUAACCAUAAUGUUGCAGAAACUCUAUGUAUAAUUGAUAACCCUCAUUAUAUGCAAGUGACAAAUUAGAAUCUUGAGGAUAAAGAUAAGGAUGGAGGUAUCUGUAAACGAGAUUAGUAGUAAUCUAAUAUCUCAAUUAAGGGCUAACAUUUUUUCCCUAGUUAAUUUUAAAACAAGUCUUCUUUUGUUAUGAAAAGAGAUUAUAUUGCCUGUACUCUUCUAUUUUUGAACACUUAUUAUUUGGUGUAGCCCACAAAUAUUUUCCUCUGUUGUUACUCCUCCUUAUCAAUUUCCCUGAUUACUAAAGAAGUUGGGAAGUUGUAGCUUCCCAUGUUUUUGUUUGUUUGUUUGUUUGUCGUUAUUCUUCUGAUACUGCUAUUUUAUCUAACAGGGCAUGUUGCAUUAUGGUUCCAACAAAAGCUGUCAGAGUUUGGGGAACAAGGAAUGAUAUUGCAUACUCUGCAUAAUAUCUCUAGUAUAUUUAGGCCGUCUUUAAAUGGGUCCAGAAUUUUACUAUACAUUAAUCUAGGUAUU